AUGAGUGAUGAUUGCAAUUCGUUCUACAAUGGUUUUAUGAGAUCGGAAGCGCAGAAACUGCUCUGCUCCUUCCACAUCACACAGGCGAUAAAAAGAAAUGGCUGGGUAAAGUUGAAACAGGAAAUCUCAACAGAAUCAAUUGUGUUUGCCGUAAGAACGCUUUGUGGAGCAUCGAAUCUUAACGAUUCCGAAUCUAAGCACCGUGAUAUUCCUCCUUUUCUCAGUGGAGAGGGAGAAAAAGAUACGAUAGAGUGUUUGGGGAAAACUUUAAGCGAUCGACUGUUCGCAGGAGCACUCCGUCCUCAUAGUUUCGUUUUAGGAACUCCCGGAUACAGCAUUGGGGAGGAUUCGCCAGGAGAAUGUGUGCGUUGGCACAAGCAUGCCUGUAGAAAGAUUCCACAUAACGCUUAA